AUGGUAAAAAAUUACAUAUCCCUUUUUGUUAUGUCUGUAUGGGUUUGUCUACAAGGUCUGACCAAUUCCAAGGGUACAUCUUGUGAUAUGACAGAUCAACAUUCUAAGGAAGCUCAAUGUAACAGGACAAAUGGCAGCGUAUAUCACUCGGGUCUUAAAGAAUCUGAGAAGAAGAAUGGAAUAAAAGAACAUUUAGCUGCAUACGAG